UGGAACACUUUGCUCCCAUCGUCCCGUCCUUCUCACCGGUGAACAAUCCAGCUAAACUCACUUUUUCACUUUCUUCGCUCCGGCUUGUACACAGGAUUCAUUAAAACGCUGACAGGUUUGUGUCCGGCCGCUAAAUCUGGUGUUAGUCGUUUUUUUUAUUAUUAUUUCCUUAGUCUCAUCUGCAUCUCCUGCGUCUUCGCGCGGCGUGAGGUUCACGUGGACUCAUCACCGCUCCGAAACAUUCAUCAGUCAUCCGGUAACCGAGCUUAGCUUUAGCCGCCUCCCACACAACAUGGCAGAGAUGGCAUCCCUGAUUCUGGAGGACGGGACGACGUUCAGAGGCCGCCUUUUUGGAGCGAACGUGUCGGUGUCGGGAGAAGUUGUGUUUCAGACUGGCAUGGUGGGAUACCCCGAGGCGCUCACUGACCCAUCCUACCGCUGCCAACUGCUGACCCUCACUUACCCUCUGGUUGGUAACUAUGGUGUACCAAAGGAUGAAGAGGGAGAAUUUGGACUAAGCAAGUGGUUCGAGUCGUCCAAGAUUCAUGCUGCAGCGCUGAUUAUUGGAGAGCUGGCAGAGAGUCCCAGUCACUGGAGCUCAGUCAAGUCACUGGACCAGUGGCUCAAAGAGCAAGGCAUUCCUGGAUUACAAGGCGUUGACACUCGCCGUCUGACCAAAAAGAUCAGAGAGAAGGGCACCAUGUUGGGGAAGCUGGUUGUGGACGGGACUCGUGAGAACAACAUUCCCUUUGAUAACCCGGACCAAAGAAACCUGGUGCAGGAGGUCUCCAUGAAGGAGCCACAAGUGUUCAACCCGAGUGGAAGUUUGCGAAUCACAGUGGUGGACUGCGGCAUCAAGUACAACCAGAUCCGCUGCCUGGCUCAGAGAGGAGCCUGUGUUACUGUGGUGCCCUGGGACCACCCGCUGGAUUCCUCCGAUUUUGAUGGGCUGUUCAUCAGUAACGGUCCCGGGGAUCCCCAGCUCUGUCAGGCCACCAUCAACAACGUGAGGAGGGUGGUGUGUGUGGAUCAGCCAAAGCCAGUUUUUGGUAUCUGUCUCGGACACCAGCUGCUGUCUUUGGUCAUCGGAGCAAAGACCUACAAGAUGAAGUAUGGUAACCGUGGCCACAACCAGCCGUGCAUACAUAACGGAACCGAUCGCUGCUUCAUCACAAGUCAAAACCACGGUUUCGCCGUCGACCCCGACACCCUGCCGAAAGACUGGGAUGUGCUUUUCACCAACGCCAACGACCACACCAACGAAGGCAUCGUACACAACACAAAACCUCUGUUCAGUGUUCAGUUCCACCCCGAGCACAUGGCCGGCCCCACGGAUCUGGUCGGCCUGUUUGAUGUUUUCCUCAACACAGUAAAAGACCACAAAGAGGGCAAAGCUGCAAAAUCUGUAAAGCAGCGUCUGAUGGACCACCUCACCUUCCCUGGUUCACCAAAGGCUGAGGAGGUUUGCAGACCCAGGAAAGUCCUGAUCCUGGGUUCUGGAGGACUGUCCAUCGGCCAGGCUGGAGAGUUUGACUACUCCGGCUCCCAGGCUAUCAAGGCUCUGAAAGAAGAGAAUAUCCAGACUGUACUGAUCAACCCCAACAUCGCCACUGUCCAGACCUCCAAAGGUCUGGCUGAUAAAGUUUACUUUCUGCCGAUUACACCAGAGUAUGUGACACAGGUGAUAAAAAACGAGCGUCCGGAUGGUGUCCUGCUGACUUUCGGCGGUCAGACUGCUCUGAAUUGUGGCGUGGAGCUGACCAAGCUGGGCGUCCUGGAGAAGUACAAGGUCAAGGUUCUGGGAACGCCGGUUGCCUCCAUUGAGAUGACGGAGGACAGGAAGAUCUUUGUGGAGAAAAUGGAAGAGAUCAAUGAACACGUUGCUCCCAGCGAAGCAGCGCUGUCAGUGGAGCAGGCAGUGGCGGCUGCUGAGCGUCUCGGCUACCCUGUCCUGGUUCGCUCAGCGUUCGCUCUUGGCGGUCUGGGCUCCGGCUUUGCUAACAACCGAGACGAGCUCACCUCUCUGGUGACCGCAGCCUUCGCCCACACCUCUCAGGUGCUGGUGGACAAAUCCCUGAAAGGCUGGAAGGAGAUCGAGUACGAGGUGGUCCGAGAUGCCUACGACAACUGUGUCACUGUGUGUAACAUGGAGAAUAUUGACCCUCUGGGCAUCCAUACUGGGGAAUCCAUUGUGGUGGCACCCAGUCAAACACUUAAUGACCACGAGUACAACAUGCUGAGGAACACAGCCAUCAAAGUCAUCCGGCACCUCGGCAUCGUGGGCGAGUGUAACAUCCAGUACGCCCUGAACCCUGAAUCUGAACAGUACUACAUCAUCGAGGUGAACGCCCGUCUGUCACGCAGCUCCGCUCUGGCCAGUAAAGCAACUGGUUAUCCUCUGGCCUACGUGGCAGCUAAACUUGGCCUGGGGAUCCCACUGCCACAGCUCAAAAACUCUGUCACCAACCAAACAACAGCAAACUUCGAGCCUAGUUUGGACUACUGUGUGGUGAAGGUGCCUCGCUGGGAUCUUAGCAAGUUCCUCAGAGUUUCUACCAAGAUUGGCAGCUCCAUGAAGAGUGUUGGUGAGGUGAUGGCUAUCGGCCGUAGCUUUGAGGAGGCCUUCCAGAAAGCUCUGAGGAUGGUAGAUGAAAACUGUGUCGGCUUUGAUCACACCAUCAAGCCCGUCUCUGAAAAGGAGCUGCAGACUCCUACAGAUAAGCGUAUCUUUGUGUUGGCGGCGGCGUUCAGAGCCGGCUACACAGUGGACCAGCUGUACGAGCUCACAAAGAUCGACCGCUGGUUCCUGCACAAGAUGAAGAACAUCGCCGACCACGAGCGACUGCUGGAGACGUACAACCAGGAUGAGAGCACCAUGCCUCCAGAGGUGAUGCGUAAGGCCAAACAGCUGGGCUUCUCAGACAAGCAGAUAGCACUGGCUGUACAGAGUACGGAGCUGGCUGUCAGAAAGCUGCGUCACGAUUGGUCCAUCCUGCCGGUAGUGAAGCAGAUUGAUACGGUGGCAGCCGAGUGGCCCGCCCACACCAACUACCUGUACCUGACCUACCACGGCACCGAGAACGACCUGAGCUUCCACGAUCAGCACGUCAUGGUGAUCGGCUCGGGGGUGUACCGCAUCGGCAGCAGCGUGGAGUUUGAUUGGUGCGCGGUCGGAUGCAUCACAGAGCUCAGGAAGAUGGGCUAUAAAACCAUCAUGGUAAACUACAACCCAGAGACAGUGAGCACAGACUACGACAUGUGUGACCGCCUCUACUUCGAUGAGAUCUCUUUUGAGGUGGUGAUGGAUAUCUACGAGAGGGAAAACCCAGAGGGAGUGAUCCUUUCGAUGGGAGGCCAACUGCCCAACAACAUCGCCAUGUCGCUGCAUCGCCAGCAGUGUCGCAUCCUGGGAACCUCACCUGAAUUCAUCGACUGCGCAGAGAACCGAUUCAAGUUCUCAAGAAUGCUGGACACCAUCGGCAUCAGCCAGCCGCAGUGGAAGGAGCUGUCUGAAACCGAGUCGGCUGUAAAGUUUUGUGAGAAGGUUGGUUAUCCCUGCCUGGUUCGUCCCUCCUACGUUCUCAGCGGAGCGGCCAUGAAUGUCGCCUACAGUGACAGUGACCUGGAGAAAUACCUGAGUAACGCUGUAGCUGUGUCCAAGGAGCACCCUGUUGUCAUCUCCAAGUUCAUACAGGAGGCCAAGGAGAUAGACGUGGACGCAGUAGCCUGUGACGGUGUCGUCAUGGCCAUUGCGGUUUCUGAACACGUGGAGAACGCCGGUGUACACUCUGGCGACGCCACCUUGGUGACGCCACCUCAGGACCUCAAUCAGAAAACCAUAGAGAGAAUCAAGAUGAUCGUUCAUGCCAUCGGCCAGGAACUGCAGGUCACUGGACCCUUUAACCUGCAGCUUAUUGCCAAGGACGACCAGCUGAAGGUGAUUGAGUGCAACGUCCGAGUCUCCCGCUCCUUCCCCUUUGUAUCCAAGACGCUGGGAGUGGACCUCGUUGCCUUGGCGACUCAGGCCAUUAUGGGGGAGAACGAGGAGCCUGUGGGCCUGAUGAGGGGGAAAGGGAUUGUAGGGGUUAAGGUCCCUCAGUUUUCGUUCUCUCGUCUGGCCGGAGCUGACGUGGUGCUCGGGGUGGAGAUGACCAGCACCGGAGAAGUCGCCUGUUUCGGGGAGAACAGAUACGAGGCUUACCUCAAAGCCAUGCUGUCCACAGGCUUCAAGAUCCCCAAGAAGAACAUCCUGCUCUCCAUCGGCAGCUACAAGAACAAGAGCGAGCUGCUGCCCACUGUGCAGGCUCUGGAGUCUCUUGGAUACGACCUGUACGCCAGUCUGGGGACUGCUGAUUUCUACACAGAACAUGGAGUCAAGGUGACUGCAGUCGACUGGCCAUUUGAGGAGGACGACAGCGAAUGUGCCACCAAGGAGAAGCAGCGCAGCAUCAUGAACUACCUGGAGGAGAACCACUUCGACCUGGUCAUUAACCUCUCCAUGAGGAACAGCGGAGGUCGGAGGCUCUCCUCCUUUGUCACCAAAGGCUACAGGACCAGACGCAUGGCCAUCGACUACUCCGUCCCACUCAUCAUCGACAUCAAGUGCACCAAGCUCUUUGUUCAGGCUCUUCGUCAGAUCGGUAGGACUCCACCAGUGAAAACUCACAUCGACAGCAUGGCUUCCCAGACGCUCGUCCGUCUGCCUGGUCUGAUCGACGUCCAUGUUCACCUGCGGGAGCCCGGUGCCACUCACAAGGAGGACUUUUCCUCUGGUACAGCAGCUGCUCUGGCAGGAGGAGUGACUCUGGUGUGUGCGAUGCCCAACACUGCACCCGCCAUCACUGACAGCAGCACUCUGGCCUUGGUGCAGAAGCUGGCCAAAGCAGGCUGCCGCUGUGACUACGCUCUGUAUCUGGGCGCCGCUUCAGACAAUGCUGCCGUCCUGCCGUCCAUCGCCAGCCAGGCUGCCGGCCUAAAGAUGUACCUGAACGACACGUACUCCACCCUCAAGAUGGACAACGUCUCACUGUGGAUGGAGCACUUUGAGAAGUGGCCCAAGCAGAUGCCCAUUGUGGCUCACGCUGAGAGGCAGACGGUGGCUGCCAUCCUCAUGGUGGCUCAGCUCUACCAGCGGCCCGUUCACAUCUGCCACGUGGCCAGGAAGGAGGAGAUCCUGAUCAUCCGAGCUGCAAAGCAGAAGGGCAUCCACGUCACAUGUGAGGUGGCUCCUCAUCACCUCUUUCUGUGUGAGGACAAUGUGCCAGAUAUCGGUGACGGGCGAGCGCAGGUCCGACCCAUGCUGGCAACCAGAGAGGACAUGGAGGCGCUGUGGGAAAACCUGGACAUCAUCGACUGCUUUGCUACAGACCACGCACCUCACUCUGUGGAGGAGAAGAACAGUGAGCGUCCUCCUCCUGGAUACCCAGGCCUGGAAACGAUGCUGCCGCUGCUGCUUACCGCCGUCAGCGAUGGUCGUCUGACUCUGGAUGAUAUCGUCCGACGUCUGUAUGACAAUCCACGCAGGAUCUUCAACCUGCCUGUCCAGGAAAACACCUACGUGGAGGUGGACCUGGAGCAGGAGUGGGUUAUUCCUCAGGCCAUGCAGUUCACUAAGUCCAAGUGGACGCCUUUCCAGGGUCUGAAGGUGAAGGGUAAAGUCCGCCGCGUGGUCCUACGAGGAGAGGUGGCCUACAUCGACGGCCAGGUGCUGGUUCCUCCAGGUUAUGGUGAAGAUGUGAAGACGUGGCCCACCGCUUCAGCUCAACCUUCUGAACCUGUUAAGGAAGGCCCUCAGACUCCUGAGCGAACGCGUCCGACUCCUCCCCGUGACGGUCUGGUCCGAACACGAGCACAGAGCCCUCGUCGCGCUGCCAGAGAGGCUGGCUACCUGCUGCCGCCUCGCAUCCACCGCUCCUCUGAUCCUGGACUACCACCAGAGAUGGUCGCGCUACCAGCAGCCAGCGCCGGUGACGGUUACAGCCAUCCCCCUCCUCUGUCCAGGCUGCUCUCCCCUCAGUCCGGCCCGGGACAGAUACCUCCUGGACAGGUGUCACACUUCCAGACAUCUCCUCUGCUGCACCCGCUGGUGGGCCAGCACAUCCUGUCUGUCAGGCAGUUCAGCAAAGAGCAGAUCUCACACCUUUUCAAUGUUGCUCACACUUUGCGAUUGAUGGUUCAGAAGGAGCGAAGUGUGGACAUCUUGAAGGGUAAGGUGAUGGCGUCCAUGUUCUACGAGGUCAGCACUCGCACCAGCAGCUCCUUCGCAGCAGCCAUGCAGCGUCUGGGCGGCUCCGUCGUCCACUUCAGCGAGUCCACUUCGUCCACACAGAAAGGAGAAUCGCUGGCCGACUCAGUUCAGACCAUGAGCUGCUACGCCGACGUCCUGGUGCUCCGUCACCCGACACCUGGAGCUGUAGAGAAUGCGUCCCGUCACUGCCGUAAGCCGGUGAUCAACGCUGGAGACGGUGUUGGGGAGCACCCGACCCAGGCGCUGCUGGACGUCUUCACCAUCAGAGAGGAGCUGGGGACGGUCAACGGCAUGACGAUAACGAUGGUUGGGGAUCUGAAACACGGCCGCACAGUUCAUUCCCUGGCCAAACUGCUGACUCAGUACCGCAUCACCCUGCGCUAUGUGGCUCCCAAAAACCUCCACAUGCCAGCAGAGAUCAUCAGCUACGUGGCCUCAAAGGGCAUCAAACAGGAGGAGUUUGAGAGUAUCGAGGAGGCUCUGCCUGAGACCGACGUCCUCUACAUGACGAGGAUCCAGAAGGAGAGGUUUGCGUCUGAGGAGGAGUACAAAGCUUGUUUCGGUCAGUUCAUCCUCACUCCUCACAUUAUGACCGUAGCCAAGAAGAAGAUGGUGGUGAUGCAUCCGCUGCCCAGAGUCAAUGAAAUCAGUGCCGAGGUGGACACAGACCCGAGAGCAGCGUAUUUCCGUCAGGCGGAGAAUGGCAUGUACAUCCGGAUGGCCCUGCUGGCCACUGUAAUGGGCAGAUAAAUCCUUGUGCUGCAGAUUUGUAUCACAAACGGUCAAACUGUUAGAAUAAGUGUUUGACAUUGAACCUUUGUAUUCUUUCCUACAAUCUGUGAAUUUCUUACUUCCAUUCCUAAAAGAGGUAUUAGUACAGUUAGAUACUAGAUUUAGUACACAGUGUCAUAAAGUUUAUAAAAUGUUGCUGUAGCAUGGUAUUGUUUUUCUCCAGUCAAACACAUGGUACUUAAUUUCUUUAGCUAUGUCUCAACCACAAAACCACUGUAUCUUUACUUCCUUAAAACACAUUUAACAUGUAGAACUGCUUCCUAACCAGCUGUUUUUGUGACCAAUGACAAUCUUGCUGUGUUUUUCUGAAAUGGUUAACAAACCGUCUGUAUUUGUGCAUCACUGAGUCAACUAGAGGAACAGGAUCAGCUCUUCGGGAGGAAAAAGGGAGGUUGGCAUCACAAUGUUAACUGAGAUUAUUGAAUUAUGUGUUUUGGUAGGUGGGUAAAAGGUGCAGCUGCUAAACCUCAUUAUUCUGCUGCCAAGUCAGUCGGUACCUUUAAAGGGACUCAUUUAGUAUGUGAAAAACUGAUAUCUGACAACUGACACUUUCCUAUUUUCAUAUUACCGUUUCUUUGUGCACAUACUACAUGCUCGGACCAAUUAUGGUGCCAUUUGUGUGAAAAUCUUGUUGUCUUCUGUAGUGUUCUUUUACCUAAAUCUGUAGCAUUCAUUGAAAAUAGAAACGCACAAAUAUUCUGAAAGCACACUCUUUGAUGGUUCGGAGGGGUAGUUUCUGUAACUGUUGAUGAUUUCUCAUGGUGUAACAAAACUUUUAUAUCAAAAUGGGAAUUGAUGUCAGUAAAAUGUUGGUGAAUGGCUUUGUCUUGUGUGGAGGAAUAAAUAAUAAAGAGACAAUUUUCCCUUUUGCAA